GCUCUGACCGCUGCCGGGCAGAGCUUGGGAAGGCGCGGGUAGAGCCGGCCCCUUCGCCACGCCUCUCGCCACCCCGGCCGAGCCGCGGCACCACCGGGCUACGGCUCUGCGCGCAGCACCCAGCCCGCACCGCGGACCGAGGCCACGGACACCCACGGCCAUGGCAGGAAAAGCCCACAGGCUGAGCACAGAGGAGAGGGAGCAGCUGCUGCCAAACCUGAGAGCUGUGGGGUGGAACGAGGUGGAAGGCAGAGAUGCCAUCUUCAAAGAGUUUCACUUCAAGGAUUUCAACCGGGCCUUUGGCUUCAUGACGAGAGUGGCUCUACAGGCAGAAAAACUCGAUCACCACCCCGAAUGGUUCAACGUGUACAACAAGGUUCACAUCACCUUGAGUACCCAUGAGUGUGGAGGCUUAUCGGAGCGAGACAUCAACUUGGCCAGCUUCAUUGAGCAGGUUGCAGCUUCCCUCUCCUGACCAGAGAGAGAUGCACAAAGCCAAAAAUCAACUGUGCCGCUGCCACAAGCUGUAUCUCGCCUAGACAACUGCCUUCCCCCACUUCCAAGCUAGUUCCUGGAUCCAGACUGCCUAACACCAUGCCAAAGUACCUGCCACAGCUCAGAUGGAGGAAGGCACUUCUUGGGCACUGUGAGCAUACCUGUCUCUGAUCUUGCCGCUUCCAUUCUUAAACCCUUUAUUAGCUGAGCACCACCAGCUUGCACACUGUUGAGCCUCUGGGGCUUUCAGGAUACCUGCCCUUUUACCAGGAGUCAUGUUACACAAUUGCACCAGUAAAUCUCUCCAGAGCCUGAACCCAUCUAGCUACUUACUGUGUUAAUUAUUCUUACCUACUGGAAUAUGCCUUCCACCUAAAACAUGGUAUGUGAACCCUCUGGUUUCUCUGUAACAUACUAGCAAAUGUGAUGUGCAAUUUGGUUAUUACUGUAACCUCUCUCUAGCAGUAUUAUAAGCAGGCAUGUGAUCUCACCCCUGUUGUAACUGGCCUUUAGUAGGAUACCAACUGAAAAUGUUUACAAUAAAUGUCUUGGUUAACCUGA